UUUCUUCAACGGGAGAUUCUGCUUUUCCCAACGUAGAGACAAAAAGGAGAACGCAGUCCACACACACACAGUGAAGGGAGGGAGGGAGGCUCAACGAGCAAUUUGAUUUCAAAUUUUGAAAUCCUCCACUGUUUCUGAUCCAUCAUGCCGCCUGGUGCGAAGAAGAGGAAGGCGUUGAAGAAGAAGCAGCAGCAGCAGCAAGCGAUUGGAACAAGUACGAACAACAAUAACGGCGAUAAUCUCCACGGAAAUGAGGAACAUGGAAGCCAAGAUGAUAGGGAGAGUGAUAGCAACUUGAGCUCCCCUGGCUCUCAAGGAAAUCAAGAAUUUGGUGGGACCAAAGAUCCGUCUGCUGCUAUGGUGAAGGACACUGCUAAAGAGAUAUCAGAGGCUACUCAGGGACUGGAACCAAACAAUGGAAAUGUUAUUGCAGUUGAAAGAGGAACGGAUGUGGAGAAAUCACCCAUUUCCUCUUAUGAAAACAGUACUCAGACCGCCAAAAACGUAGCUUCUCAGGAUCCUUGUGUUAAGGAGACAGCUCCUGUUGUCGAUUCUGUCUCCAAAGUGGUGGUUUCUGAAGAGAGUGAGCAUGCUGAGACCUCAAAUUUGGUCAAACACAAGUCUGGUGCUGGUGAAAAUGGUAAGGUGGCUACUCUUCCUGGGUCUGCUUCUGGAACAAACAAAAUGGUAGAGAAUGCAAGAGAAUCUGAAGUUCCAUUAUCCCCUGAGGAAAAGCGUCUUUUGUUGCCUGGUCCAUCAGCCGUCCGUACUUCGUGGUUAAGUUGCUGCGGUUUGUUUGAUGCGAUGACAGGAUCUGACAGAUAAGCACAGAAUAGCAGGAGUGAGAUGAAGGUGGACGCACAUGGCAGCCAAAGCUCAAAAACAAGAGAAAAAACAGGAUUCCCGGUCGGUACACUCUUCUCUGUACAUCAUCUUUGAUAGAUAAUAAUGUGUGCGGCUUUUAGCAAUAAUAUACAAACAAGACCAACAUGGUUAAAUUUUCAUUUUCUUUCUUUGAAAUACAUUCUUCAUUUGUUCAUUAAAAGAUUUUAGAUUCGUGAGACUACA